AUGUCCUCUACAGAAGCUACCAGCGCCUCCCAGGCCUCCGCCGCACCCCAGACACAAGUGACUCUAGCAUCAAAAGUGAUCGCAAUUACUGGUGCAAACCGGGGUAUCGGACUCGGAAUCGCAGAAUGUUGUCUGUCCAACGGCGCAGAAAGAGUCUACUCAAUCGACAUCGGCGAGACGGGCGAAGAGUUUGUCGCACUCUCGCAGCGUUAUCCGGGCAGGCUUCACGCAUUGAACGCAAACGUGACCGAGGAGGAGACGAUCACAGCGGCCGUCGAGAAGAUUAUUGCAGAAGCAGGUGCACUACACGGCAUGGUAGUAAAUGCAGGACGUACACACCAUAAGGCAGCUCUGGACUUUACGAAGGAAGAAAUUGAGACCUUGUUUAAUGUUAAUCUUUUCGGCGCAUUUUACACCGCGCGGGCGGCUGCGCGCGCCUUCAUUAAAUUGGGGAUCAAGGGUUCCAUCGUCUUUACAGCCUCGAUGGCCUCAUACCGCCCCAAUAAGAGAGUACCCUCCACCCCGUAUGGUGCCUCAAAAGCGGGUAUUCGCAACAUGACCCAUACCCUGGCCAUGGAAUGGGCCCAGUACGGUAUUCGUGUGAACAGUGUUUCUCCGGGUCUAGUAAAGACUGCGAUGACGUAUUGGGUGCCUCAGCAGCCGGACUGGGAGCAGCAGCUGAAGUACUAUGGUGGAUUCCCCAGACUUGCGGAGGUACAGGAGCUCGGUGGUGCAUAUGUGUACCUCUUGAGCGAUGCGGCUAGUUAUACGACCUCCAUUGAUAUCCCUGUUAAUGGUGUUAUUGGCAGUGAGUGA